AUGGAGCCAGAUCACGAUUUAGGAUCCAAUACAAAACCAUACUCAAAUACACCUCCUGACGAUACAAUUCGGUUCUGUAAUUGUGAUCAAAAACAAAGCAUGGGAUCUCUAAAAAACAAUUCUACUUCAAUAUUCAGAGGGGCCUCUUCUGAUACUUUAAAUCAAUCAACGAUUUCUAAUAUGUUCAUUAGAAGUGAUAGCAAUGCCUUUCAUCACAAUAACGGAAAUAACACAAAUUCUGCUAUGCAUAUGGUAGACCAUCAUUCAAUCAUAGGGAACUCUAUUCAAUUAGGCCCUCCAACUUGGAUUGAAUUAAUUAGAUACUAUUUGCCCUGCUUGUAUUGGCUACCAAAUUAUACAAGAACCAUCCUUGUUGGAGAUUUAAUGGCAGGAAUAACAAUUGCCUCAUUUCAAAUACCAUUAGCAUUAUCAUAUGCUACAUCUAUAGCUCAUGUUGAUCCAUUAUCAGGUCUAUAUGCCUUAGCUGUUUCACCAUUUUUUUAUGCUAUUUUUGGAUCCACACCUCAAAUGAUUGUAGGCCCAGAGGGUGCUAUUUCAUUAGUCAUUGGUCAAUGUGUCCAAUCAUGCAAAAAACACAAUCCAGAUUUAGACCCUAUUUUAAUCGUAAUAGCCGUCACUUUAAUAUCGGGUACGAUUUUAUUAAUUUCUGGUAUUUUCCGUUUGGGAUAUUUGGGGAAUAUAUUAAAUAAAGCAUUACUACAUGGAUUUAUUGGUUCUGUUGGUUUCGUAAUGAUUAUUGAUUCAUUGAUUAAUGAAUUAAAAUUGGGGGAUAUUUUAGCCGAUACCCCAGAGCAUUAUAAUACACCAUUCCUUAAAAUCGUAUUUCUUUGGAAAUAUGCUUUCCAAAACUUUCAUGUGCCAACGACAUUAAUCAGCUUUAUUAGUAUAAUUAUAUUAUUAAUAGUUAGAGCUUUCAAAAAAGUAUUAAUGCACAGGCAUAGAUGGCUGAUUUUUAUUCCGGAAAUAUUAAUCGUUCUAACAACAGUCUUAAUCUUAUCGUAUAAAUUAGAUUUUGCUGAUACUUAUGAUAUAGAUAUCUUAGGUGAUUUUAAAUCAAAUGAAAAUUCUAUUUUCCAUAAUCCACUGUCCAACAAGAAUAGAGGUUUAAUCCAUGUUGUUUUCAAUAUUGGCAUUAUAACAGCAAUUUUUGGUUUCUUCGAAUCAACUACUGCUUCAAAGGCAUUAGGUGCUUCUUCUGAAAGAUCUGUAUCUUCAAAUAGAGAACUAGUAGCACUAGGAUUAUCGAAUAUAGUUAUUUCCACGUUAGGUGCUUUACCUUCAUUUGGUGGAUAUGGUAGAUCUAAAAUAAAUGCUCUAUCGGGUGGUAAAACUUUAUUAUCAGGGGUAUUCAUGGGGCUUACUACUAUUUUAGCUAUAUUAUUUUUAAUGCCUGUCAUUCAUUAUAUUCCUGUUUGUAUUCUUUCAGUUAUUACUACAGUAAUAGGUUUUACGUUAUUAGAAGAAAUCCCAAAGGAAGUUUCUUUUCAUUGGAGAUGUCGUGGCUAUAAUGAAUUAUUUUUAAUUGUAUUAACCUUUAUGACUUCUAUAUUUUAUUCAGUGGAGACAAGUAUGUAUAUUGGUUGUGUUUAUUCCAUUUUGAAUAUUAUUAAACAUUCUGCCAAAUCAAGAAUUCAAAUUUACACUGAUGCCCCACUAAUUACUAGUAUCAGUAACCCUCCUUCAAUUGACAAUUCCAAUAUUAAUAGUAAUAAUAACAUAAAGAGCACUCGGUCCAGCGACUAUCGUCCGGAGUCCAGAAGAAAUUCUGCAGAUGAAUGCUUCCGUUGUUCAUUAACUAAUGAACAGACUUUAAUUGUUAAAAUACCUGAACCAUUAACGUUUACAAAUUGUGAAGAUUUAAAAGAAAAGUUAAAUAGAUUUGAAAGAUUAGGAACACAUACUGCUCAUCCCGGUAAAAUUUUGAAAGAUACCCUUUUUCAACCGAAAUAUAUUAUAUUUGAUCUUCAAGGAAUGACAUUGAUGGAUUCGUCUGCAACUGAAAUUUUAAAAGAAAUAGUAUUGUCUUAUAGACGAUCAGGAAGCCACAUUUUUUUUGUAAAUGUUUCAUUUAGAGAAAAUAUCAGAAAUCGUAUACAAGCUUCUGGCAUAAUUGACUUAAUUGAAUUACCUCCAGUUCCACCAAUAGAUCCAAACAAUGAAAGUUCAUCCUAUGCUGAUCUUGAUGAUUUAAAUUAUUUCUCAUCUAUUGAUGAUGCCCUUAUAGAAAUUAGAAAACUAAAGCAGACUGAUUCCAUGAGUAUUCAAGAAAGUUACAUCUCUGCAACGCUACUGAAUUCCAACCUGGUAUGA